AUGGAAAAGAAGUUUAAGGAAAGGAAAAAUCAAAGGAAUGAGUGGAGGAGUGAGAGAAUAAUUGUAGCAGGUAACACUGAUGGUGCUGUAGUGGAUGUGCGUAAUGGUGAUAUGCCAGCAUCUAAUCCAUCCUAUCCUAAACCAAAUGACAGCCCAGACCAAGCAGGUAGUAGUGGUAGUUUUUCCGAUGCCGAUCUUAAUGAUGGAAUCAGUGGUGGGGAAGGAAAAGGAGGGUCUGAUGGGGGUGGUAGUCACAUGGUUGAUGCUCGUGGUAGUGCUGCGUCACGUGCCAUGUCUGGUACCUUGUUAGCAGUAGGACUUACUGUUGUUCCUUACUUAUUUUAUAAGUACACUCCUGCAUUUUCCAUGAUAAAAAGCUUCUUUGGGAACAACCUUAGUAAAAGUAGAAAAAAAAGUCCCAUUAGACAUGAACUGAACACCAUAACAGACAACUCAACAGAAUAUUUAAGAUCAGACCUAACAGAAAGCGUACUAGCUGACACCGCAACAGAGUAUUAUAUCCCAUAUACUAGGUAG